AUGGCCUUUAACAGCUGGCUCGAGGCCGCCAGUCAAGUGGAGCUGGUGCAAACGUGCAUUGGACAACACGAGUCAGGUCUUGACUGCGGGAACGGUUUCGUUGAGCUCACCGUCCGCAUGAAAAGAGACACGUUCCGACAACUCCUGGCGCAAACCCCUGGCGUCACCGACGUCAAAGACCUCCCGGCGAAGGCAGGGGCCGGCCAUGAGUGCAAACACAACGUUGCCGUGUCAAGCAAGCGUCUCCGAACGCCAUUGGAAUUUGAACUCACGAGGCACGGACACGUGGCCAGCCAGCGGCAGCCCGUGGUAACAGCGCAAUUUUUGCACGUCAACGCAUGGGAGCCGGCGAUGUUGGAGGAGGGGUACCGUAUCCUGAACUUGGCCGUUGGUUCGUUCGCGAAGUUCCCAGAGAUGUUUGCCUCCAUGCGAACGCAGCACGUCCGGUGGUGGAACGAGCGCUUGCAGAUCUCAGAGAUCGCCAAGGUCGAGGACGUCGUCGAGCUCGCCAAGCACGCCCCUGGCGCCGUCCACCUGCAGGACGUGCUGGGGGCGUCGGCGGAGCAGCGGAUGGAGGGGAAGUCAGGGAAAGGCUGGCACCAUGCAAAUGCGGAGAAGAAUUUCGGUGGCAUCUGGCACGGCAGCGGCUGGUACGACGUCACGCCAGAGAACGCGCUGCACCCCAGCGCAGGGCAACUCACCUCGAGUGACCUGGCCACCAUGAGGCGGCUGAAGGACAGCGGCCCCGAGCGUAGCCGACACGACCUGGCAGGGGAGACGUUGGAACUACUGGAUGAAGAUGGCCAUCUCUAUCAGGGCAUGAAGAUGCGCAUGAAGUGGGCCCUGUUUAACGUGCACACGUUGCACUGGUCCAACGUCAGCAAGGACACGCUGACGGCGAUAUCUCGCGAGGCCGUAGCUUUUGGCAAGAAGCUCAAAAACAAUCAGCCGUGGUGCGGCGAGGACCCCGAACUCACCCAGACGAAGUUCCGCGUGCUUCUCAGCUCCCUGCCCGACGAGUGCUACCAGAAAUACCCCAGGGGCAUGCGGACUGCGCAGGUAGUGUCGCUGUGUGGUCUUUUCGAAAUGCUCGGGCAAGAAUACACGGCCAAGGAUAUCUACGACUAUUGGUUGAGCUCACGAGUUGUCGCCGCGAAGUACAGGCGGCCAGGGAUGGAGACCAGCAGCCACACCCUGCAACGCCAGGUGGCGCUCGAGCACAGGGGUCAAGAACAACAUCUUUCAGAAGAGUUCGCGUCCGCGUUCGGCUUGUCAGCUGACCGCAUGCCAGCCAGUGGCAGCAAGCGGUUGGAGCUGAUCGGGCGGGCAAUUGGCAGCAAGAUCUUGGAGAGAGACAUGCACCCAUGGGCGCAAUUCAAGCCUGUGCCUGCCGGCGGCAUUUCGUGCAUGUCGAUGGGCUGGGAGGUGUUGAAGACGACGUUGCUCCAAUGGGACGACAUGAGUCUGGCUCACUUGGGCGCGGAUGUCCGGGAAGCUGUCUCCAAAAGCGCAGGCGGGGCGUGCGCUGGAUGCGUGGGCCAGCCGUUGUACACCUGCAUGGGCUCCAGAACGGUUGCCCGGGACGGCCAGCCAGUGGCAGCCGGCACCCAGGAUGCCAUCCAGAUCUGUUGUGGGAACACUGCUCUUCUGAGCAAAAACUUCCAAUUGCCCGAAGGGCAGACGGCGUGGUUGUGCCAAGAUUGCCACAAUGAUCAGUCCCCUGUCCAUAACGGAAUCGCCAAUCGCCUCAUCCGUCUUUUCCCUUUGGUCGAGACUACUUCAGGCAAGCUACCGGUGUUCAUCCCCUCCGAGGGGCCAGCGUGCUUACUGGCUCUGUUUCAUGCGCCUGAGGAGUGGUCAUUUCCCACGCUUGCCCAUGACUGGGACGACGGCCAGCCCACCCAAUUCCGAGACGUCUACCUUAGGGGCGACGCCAUGGAACCAGUGAAGGUGGUCCUAAACCAAGUGCCACGAUUCGUGUAUGAAUACGAGGACAGCAACGUGGUGUGGAACAUUGCGGGCCGCUACCAGGGCGUGAAGCCCGAGGAAUUCAAGCCUGAUCGGCGAUACGCUCAGUAG